UUCCUUCUACUCUGUUUGGCAUAUUGUUUUCCAUUUUCAUCUACUCAAUUAGAUCAUACUAUGACCCAAAUCACCUCCGUCUCCGUAGAGACAACGGAAGAGGUUCUGAAAUCAUCAAAUGGUGUCUUCUCCGCCGGCUUUUACCCCGUCGGUGAAAAUGCCUACUGCUUUGCCAUAUGGUUCAACCACCCAUCCCAGACUCACACCCACAACAUAGUUUGGAUGGCCAAUCGUGAUCAGCCAGUUAAUGGAAGGCGCUCAAAGCUCUCCCUCCUUAAAACUGGUAAUCUUAUCUUAACUGACGCCGGAGAGUUCACCGUUUGGGCCACAAACACACGUUCACCUUCAUCAGUCGUACAAUUGUCUCUCUACGACACUGGAAAUCUUGUUCUACACAAUUCGGAAGGUGUUAGUUUGUGGGAGAGCUUUGAUUUUCCGACAGAUACCCUUCUUCCCCAACAACUCCUCACUAGAAAUACAAAGCUUGUCUCCUCAAGAAGCCAGGGCAACUCUUCCUCUGGUUUCUACAAGCUUAUCUUCGACGACAAUAACCUUCUCACCCUUGUUUAUGACGGACUUGAGAUUUCUAGUAUUUAUUGGCCUGAUCCAGGGCUUGUGAGCUGGGAAGCUGGAAGAUCCACGUACAACAGUAGUAGAGUUGCAGUGCUUGAUUCCUUAGGGAACUUCAGCUGUUCCGAUGAUUUUACUUUUGUAUCAGCUGAUUAUGGGGCAGAGCUUCACAGAAGAUUGACAGUUGAUUACGAUGGUGAAAUUCGACUCUACAGCUGGGAAGAGGAGGAGGAGACUUGGGUUAUUUCCUGGCAAGCCAUUCAGAAACCAUGCACGAUUAAUGGUAUUUGUGGGGCCAACAGCAUUUGCAGCUAUGUUAAUGCUGGUUCUCAUAGAAAAUGCUCUUGCCUUCCAGGGUAUAAGAUGAAAAAUCAUACCGAUUGGGCUUACGGGUGUGAGCUUGAGCCGAAUUCUUUUGAUCUAUUUUGCAACAAUAAUGAGUCUGGCUUUCUGCAGCUAUCCCACGUUGAAUUCUAUGGUUAUGAUUAUGACUACUUUCCCAAUACCACACUCGACGAAUGUAAGAAUAUAUGCUUGCAAUCGUGCAAUUGCAAAGCGAUCCAAUUCACCUUUUCUGAGGAUGAUGGUUUUGCGAAAUGUUUCCCCAAGGCGUUAUUGCUCAAUGGAUAUCGCUCACCAGAUUUCAAUGGAGACCUCUACUUGAGGCUGCCAGAGAGAAAUCUCUUGUCCUACACAAAUUCUAUAGUAGAAUUCGGUCUAGAUUGCCCAAGGGAAGGUACAGUACUGCAACUCGAAAGAAACUAUGUAAAAAGCAGUGGAAAUGGGACGGUGAAGUUCAUGCUUUGGUUUGCCUGUGGAGUGGGAGGACUUGAGAUCAUCUGUAUCUUCUUGGUAUGGUGUCUAUUGAUCAGAACCCACCAAAGUUCAUGGGCGGCGGACAAACAGGGCUACCAUCUUGCUGGAGUCGGAUUCAGAAAAUAUACCUACGCUGAGCUAAAGAAGGCGACGAAGGGUUUCAGCGAGGAGAUUGGAAGAGGUGCGGGAGGAAUUGUAUACAAAGGGGUACUUUCGGAAAAUCGGGUUGCAGCAAUCAAGCGUCUCAACGAAACUAAUCAAGGAGAGGGUGAAUUUCUGGCAGAAGUAAGCAUCAUUGGGAGGAUAAACCACAUGAACUUAAUAGAGAUGUGGGGGUUUUGCGCAGAGGGAAAUCACAGGCUUUUGGUGUGCGAGUACAUGGAACAUGGUUCUUUAGCCCAAAACCUUUCGUCCAAUGCACUUGACUGGGAGAAAAGGUUCAAAAUCGCUGUGGGCACGGCGAAAGGCUUGGCGUAUCUGCACGAGGAGUGCUUGGAGUGGGUUUUACACUGCGAUGUGAAGCCUCACAACAUACUCCUAGACUCUAAUUAUCAGCCAAAGGUGGCAGACUUCGGCCACUCGAAGCUUCAGAAAAGAGGUGAUCUGAAGAAUUCAAGCUUUUCAAGGAUACGAGGAACCCGGGGUUACAUGGCUCCGGAGUGGGUAUUGGAUCAGCCUAUCACCUCCAAAGUGGAUGUUUACAGCUUUGGAAUAGUGGUGCUGGAGAUGGUGACCGGAAAGGGCCCAACAAAGAGCGUGCAUGCUUUAGACGGUGGAUGGGAAACAGAGCACCAAAGGCUGGUUACGUGGGUGAGGGAGAAGAGGGAUAGAGCGGAAGAAAUCGUGGACCCAAUAAUAUUGGAAGGCAAAUUUGAGAUGGGUAAGAUGGAAACUUUGGUUGGCGUUGCUCUGCAAUGCGUAGAUGAAGAUAAAGAUGCAAGACCCACCAUGAGCCAAGUAGUUGAGAUGCUUUUCCGGGAAGAAAAUGAUGAUCAGUGA